CUUUCGCUUCACGUUCUGCCCUUUCCACCAUCAAAAACCUCUCCAAAAUUCCACGAAGAAAAAUCCGAAUCUCUGGAAGAACUUUUGCGGUACACGCGUGCUAUAAUCUGAACAUAAAGAUUCAACUAUCGGAUUGGAUUUCGCUGGCGUCCACUACACGUCGCAUUUACAAUGGAAGCUUAGCAUGUUAGCGAAAGAUCUGACGGUGAAUUCUACUUAGCAAUGGAUUCUCAGCAUCAGCAACAGCAGCAACAGCAAAUGAAUUCUGGAUUGACGCGGUAUCGAUCUGCUCCAAGUUCGUAUUACGCGAGUUUUCUGAAUAGUGGAGAAGAUAGAUUCGAUCAGUUUCUUAAGGAUCAGACUUAUAAACAAGAACCGCAGGAAAAUUUCAUGAGAUAUGCUUCCGAUGGAACGACAAUAGAGGAAUCUUCUUUGCGGAAUCAAGGUUUGAGAUCUCAAUCAAUGAAUCCUCAAGCGAAACAGGAUGAUGCAGCUUAUUCUUUCACUUCUUCUCAUCAAUCUCAUCAUCAGAACACUGUGGUUGCUAGUUCAGAUAUGAAUCAGAUGGAUCCUGAAAUCAGCCGUGGAAUCAGCCUUGUACGACAGAGUAGUUCUCCUGCUGGAUUUCUUUCAUACUUUAAUGCUGAAAAUGACUUUUGUCAUGAAAUGGGAGGAGGUAACAGUUCUGAAUCAACAUUUUCAUCAAGUAGAUUGAGAGUUCAAAUGGACUUCACAUCUAGACAUCAACCAUCUUCCUCAACAAGAAUGGCUCCAAUCCCUGAAACUCCAAAUAGUAGUAAUAUAGGAAUUGGAACCAACAACAACACCACCCCUGAAGCUGAUCGAAACUGUGGUGGUGGUUAUAUCCCAAACUUUCCUAUCGAAUCCUGGGAUGAUUCCAUGAAUCUUUCCGGAUCAUACUUAGGAUUCGAAGAUGAUGACAUAAAACCCGAAACUGGCUCAAUUUCCAUGGAGAAUCAGCUUAUUGAAGAUGAAAAACGCCCUCCAGCUUUGUUGUCAAGACACAUGAGUUUGCCUCAAACUACUAUGGAGAAGCUACUUCAAGAUUCCAUUCCAUUUAAGACACGAGCGAAGCGAGGAUGUGCUACUCACCCGAGGAGUGUCGCAGAAAGGGUGAGAAGAACCAAGAUCAGUGAAAGAAUAAGGAAGUUACAAGAGCUUGUUCCUAACAUGGAUAAGCAAACGAACACAGCGGAUAUGUUGGACUUGGCUGUCGAUUACAUAAAGGAUCUUCAAAGAGACGUAAAGAUACUUACAGAAGGUCAAGCUAAUUGUAAAUGUCCCCAUAAGAGUGACAGAUAACACAAGAUCACAAAAGAAAAUUGUGAGUCUUCACUUCAAUUACUCUAGAAAAUCAGUAUUAUUGGUAUUUGAAAAAGUAAUAUUUACAUAUUAAAUUUGAAUAGAUUAUUAUAUAUGGUUGAUUUUCAGCCUCAGGAAGUUUCUUGUUGGAAUAUUGUGUGUUUAGAAGAAAUAUGUGGUAGGGCUUAGGAGACACAUCUGUAUCAUUUUGUCUAUUUAAAUUUAUGAUGACCUCGUGAGAUAUAACGCUUUUAAUGUACAGAAAUGGACGAUGGAUAAUUGUCUAAUCUAUCGAUGUAUCCAUCAAUUUACCAUUUCUAGUAGGUCGAUGAACUCAAAUAUCUGUGUAUUUUGUUUGU